AAAUAAUUAUCAUCAACUUAUGAUAGCCCUGCCCUCACUCGCUCAGGCUUCAUGUGAUUUAUUCUAUCUUCUUCACUUUUUUGUUUCUUCCAAAAACCUUUUCCUCUUACAUCUAUGAAUAAAGAUUCCAAAAGGGGCUCCUAAUCUUCUAUUCCUAAGCUCACAGACUCAUAGGCUCACACCGCCAUGUUCAGGCUCCAUCUUCACUAAGUGAUGGAGAAAAGGUGUGAAUUCUGCAAGGGUUUGAGGCCGGUUGUGUUCUGCAAAUCGGAUGCAGCGUACCUCUGCCUCUCCUGCGAUGCCAAGGUCCACUCUGCCAACGCUCUCUCCUACAGGCAUCCUCGUACCCUUGUCUGCGAAUCCUGCAGGAAUCAGCCUGCAUUAGUCCGAUGCCUCGACCACCAAAUGUUCAUGUGCCAGAGCUGUGACACCGUCCGCCACUCCUCUCUCGAUCACAGCAAGAAGAUAGUUAGCUGCUAUGUUGGAUGCCCCUCUGCAAAGGAUCUGGCUGAGUUGUGGGGGUUUGAGAUCAAACAGUCUGCUGAGGAUUCAGAUGUUUCAUCAUUGGUUUCUGAGGUAGAAAAUGAUGGAAGACAGUACAAGAGUAGGUGUUGUUUGAUUCUAAAGCAAAUCUUGGAGUUGGAGAAGCUUCAGCUCUCGGAGGGGAUCGAUGAUUCAUGUCUAGCACAUGUGAAGGAGCGGGCGGGAGGGUGGAGUUUCAAGCAUGAGGCAACGUGGAAGGAGCACAGAAUGCUCGAGGAUCAACAUCUCGAGCAUUCCGAUCAUGACUUCCAAGUUAAGAAGAGUGAGGAGUCUCCUUUUCACCAACUAGACAGCUUGGCUGGAAAUGGGAAUCCGAUGGCCGGGGACACCUUUUGGCCGAACAGAAGCCCUCUUCACAACAAUGAGAUUUGGGCUCAAAAUAUGCAAGAUUUGGGAGUUUGUGAUGAAGUGGGAUGCUUUGAAGAUGUGAACAUCCCUGAUGUUGAUGUCACAUUUCAAAGCUUUGAAGAGCUGUUUGGGAGUGAGCAUGAGCCAACCAACUCCUUUGAAGAUGAGCAUCCACCAUUUCAUGCCACCAAAAUUGAGCAAAGCAAUGAUAUGGAUAAGGAAAUGGCUACUUGGGUAUCGUUGUUUUCUGUCUCGAGAAUCACGGGCGAUAGUAGUGGGUCCCACACUCACGACGACGAGGCUUUUCCUAAACACGUGUCGGGUGACGAGGACUUUACAAAGCCGAAAAAUGCCACAAUGCGAUACAAGGACAAGAAAGCUUCAAGGAAUGAAAAGCAAGCCCAAAAUACUUGUCCAAGAUCAAAGUCCAAUAUCAAGAAAAGGGGAAACAGUCAAGUUUUGAAAGCAGAAGGUGAUUGUGGUAGUAGUGUCUCUACAAUCUUCUGAAGUUCUCUUAUUUUCUAUCUACAUUCAUCUUUUUUGUUGUACAUACACUUUACCCACAGAAAUGACUGAUGAAGGCUUAUUAUCGUUCUUUUUUUCUUA